AUGAAAGAUAUGAAAUACAAGGACGACCUCAUUGAAAAGAUUGGCGGACAGAGUCAAUAUGAAUUUGUCGUCAUUGAAUACUGUGAAAACAUUCAAAAAGAUCACCGACUGGAAUACUUCUUUGGCCAUCUUGACUUGCAAGAAUUGAUCCAACUCCAAAAACAAUUUUUGGAUGCCGUCUUUCUCGAUGUAACUGAAAAAGAAGCCACGACUCUAAAGAACCAACUCAUGAUCAAAUACUACGGCUUGUGGCAUAUGGGAAUGAACGAACGGUACUUUGAAGUACUGGAGGGGCACUUUUCGGAGACCUUGAGGGAUUGCUGGGUUGAAGAGAGUCUACUCCAGCAAUGUCAAAAACGCUUUGAAGAGCUUCGUCCACUCUUCGAACAGUCUGGUCAAAUCGCACUGGAUGGAUGCAAACAAAACUUGGGCAAGCACGUCGGACACAACACCAUCGCCACCGCAUGA